GCGGAAGUCAUGAUUACAAUUAUCUAGUCUAACUUAUUCGUUUCGUCCAACUAACAGAUGACUUCGUUUUGAUUCAAUGGGAUUUAAAGAGAUUAUAUUUAAUUAAAUCAAAGUUUAACUGAAGUUUUUCUGAAUCUUUUAUUCUGUAGAUCUCUUCCGGUUAGCUUAGCCUGUAGUUUCGCUCAGCCUCUUCGGAUCGGAUCCGUGAAGAAGUGGCUUUUUAAAAGCUCCAACAUGGAGGACAUGUACGUUAAACCCGGCAACCAGGAGCGGGGCUGGAACGACCCCCCUCAGUUCUCCUAUGGGCUGCAGAUGGCCCGCGGACCUCCGAGGACUGCUUUGAACAAGAGAGCCGUCCCCGCGCUGAGCUCAGGUGCAGAGGCAUCGCCCACCGCUCCUUCCCCCUCCAGACCCAUGGCCCCGCCCAUGUGUGGAAUAGCUCCGCCUCCUCUCCCAGCUGGACCGCCCCCUGCUGGCCUGGCUACGCCUCCUAUUCACGGGGGACCAAUGAGAUCACAGAGUGAGGCAGACGGCAGCCAAUCAGAGCCGGAUAUAGAGGUUGUGAUGUCGGUGUUGAACCGAGCACUGGAUGCCUGUAGACAGAGUGUCAAAGUUCAGGUGUGUAAUGAAGUGGCCAAGAGGCUCCGCCUCUUGGAGGACAGUUGGAGGUCAGGGAAACUCAGCCUCCCCGUCACCAGGCGCAUGGAAACGCUGAGCCAAGCGCUGCAGUCAGGUCGUUGGGACUCAGCCGAUGAGCUCCAUCGCUCUCUGAUGGUUGACCAUGUGACUGAGGUCAGCCAAUGGAUGGUCGGCGUGAAAAGGCUCAUUGCUGAAACCAGAAAUCUGAGUCCAGAACAUCUAAAACCACUUCAGAGCUCAGCAGAACCAGUCCAGGAGUCCACCAGAGGUGUUGAGGACUCUGUAGAACCAGACCAGGACACUGAAGCAGAACAAGGCCCUGAAGAAAUGGACCUCCACCCUGUGGAACCAGUCCAGGACCUGGUAUCCCAGUCCUGAGUGUCCCAGAGGUUCUUUUGUUGGACUUUAGUUAAACCUGAUGAGGAUUUCAAUGCGAUUCUUAAGAAGUUCUAUUCCAGACCAGUUCUGGAUCAUGAAGCUGUUCUGUUUCUCUGAGUGGUUGGGCUACCAGUUCCCCUUUGGUUCUGUUGAGCUGGUUUCGACUCAGGGCUGGUGUUCCUACUGUUGGCAUGAAGGGUUUUGGUCCUGUCUGGUCCUCCUUUUAGAACUGGAUUCUCCUGACUGAAGACCCAGUCAGAACACCUGGUACCGCGGGCUAUAGUUCUGGCUGAAAACACUCCUUUGGUCAGAAACACGAUCUCUAGAAUCUUUUGAAUAAAUUCAUAAUGAACAGAA